AUGGCCGACGACGCCAAGAUCGUCUCCCGGCUCUGGGAAUUGCUGGGGGAAGCCGAUCCGUCGGAGAUGAGCGAGCGGAUGCUGAGGGAGAAGCUCGAGGCGGAGCUGGGCGUGGAUCUGUCGGACAAGAAGGCGCUGGUUCGCAAGGAGGUGAAGAAGUACCUCGAGGAGAAGGGCGCCGGCGGCGGCGAGGAGGAGGAGGACGAGGAGGGCGAUUUGGAGGAGGAGGUGGAGGACAACGACGGCGAUCCCAAGGCCAGGGCUGGUAGCAAGCGGAAGCCAGGGAGGCAAAAAGCAGCAGCCGAGCCGAAGAAGACGCGGGGAGUGGGCAGGAAGGCUCGCACAGAGAAGGAUGACAAGGGUGAGAAGAAGACACGCCGUGGCGGAGGGGGUUUUGCCAAACCUCUCAAAGUCUCCACUGAGCUGGCGGACUUCCUGGGCUCCACGGAGAUCUCCAGGCCCCAGCUGACCAAGUUCAUGUGGGAUUACUUCAAGAGCAACGGCCUGCAGAACCCCGACAACAAGCAGGAGAUCAUAGCUGAUGGCAAGCUGCAGGCGCUGAUGAAGGUAGACCGCUUCAGGGGUUUCGGCUUCAUGAAGCACCUCAAGCCCCACAUACUGGAAAAUUAG